CAACCAUUUCCCCGAACCUUCUUCCGGCUCCCAUUGGCUUCCAGCGAGCUUCCAUCCACGUCUUAUGCUGCUACCGGCCCUCCAUGAGUGGGCUUAUUUCUUCUUUCUUCAUUGAACCCGUCGUUCGGCAAGCCCGUCGCCUCUCGCAGCAGACAAACACCCCGUUGUCUUCCCACGAUCAAGCCGAAACUCCCACCAGCACCUGGGACAAUGACCACCCAGACAGCUCUUAUAGACAAGAGGCGGAUAACAGGGUCGUGUCAGAACCAGAGCCAGAACCAGAGAAACAAGCUAGAUCCCCAUCGCACGGCGGGUAUGCGGGAUCCGACCAUGGCCGCACCAUCUCGCCGACGAUAGACUCGACCAGACCACAUACUAGAGCGGAACACUGUCCACCCGCAAACUCGCCUGUAGACAUGGCAGAUGGCUCCCCGCGGCCGCUUUUUGUGUCGCACAAUAUGCACAGAAGGACUUCAACUUCAUCACCUGGCCGGCUUGCCUCGGCCUCCUUCCCCACACAAGAUGUCGCUCGGGGGACAAGCUGGGACGGACAUAGUGCGGGGCAGCAUCUGAACAACCGGGCUGAGGUGAAUGAGACUGGGGUUCCUCUCUCUUUGCCAGAAGAUGAUGGAAUGGGCGCUUUGAGGAAAAGGAUUCAUGCCAUCAGAGACCUAGGGUCCAGUAGUACAGACCAGGCACGCAUGAUUCACGCGUUGAUGACAGAAAACUAUAACGCUUAUCAAAUGGAUUUAGGGGAUCAAUUCUUUCCCAGGAGCCCAUCACCUACUCAAAGUCCAAGACAAAUGGUCAGCCCCAGUCAUUGGAGUGUCCGGUCGGGCGAUCUAUCGCCUGCUUCCCCAGUCUCUACGCCCUCCAACCCCCCCCGUAUAAAUUACCCACUUACAGCUGAAGACCUACUACCGACAUAUGCACCACGAGUAGACCCAGAGUCACCCCUUGGUGAGACAGAGGACAUGGACAGUGAAGAACUCGAGGAAGCUUUCCUAGGCUGUCACCAUUAUAAGAGAAACGUGAAGUUGCAGUGUUAUACAUGCAAGAAAUGGUACACGUGCAGAUUCUGCCACGAUGAGAUUGAAGAUCAUCACCUCGAUCGACCAAAGACAGAGAAUAUGCUCUGCAUGUUAUGUGGACAAGCGCAGCCCGCGGCACAGCAGUGCGGACACUGUGGUGAGCGGGCAGCGCAGUAUUAUUGCCAUGUCUGCAAACUCUGGGACAACGACUCGAACAAGAGUAUCUAUCACUGCAAUGACUGCGGUAUCUGCCGCAUAGGCCAAGGGCUAGGGAAGGACUUCUUCCACUGUAAGACGUGCAGUGUCUGCCUCCCGAUUUCUAUUGAGAACACUCAUCGAUGUAUUGAGCGUUCCACACAAUGUGAUUGUCCAAUUUGCGGAGAUUAUAUGUUCACCUCUCCAGAAACUGUGGUCUUUAUGAGGUGUGGACACAGUAUUCACCAAAGAUGUUUAUCCGAAUACGCAAAGAAUUCGUAUCGCUGCCCACUUUGUAGCAAGACGAUUACAAACAUGGAGUCCACAUUCCGGAAUUUGGAUCGGACCAUUGAAAGUCAGCCUAUGCCGGCUGAGUUCAAAGACACAAGGGCACUCAUUUAUUGCAACGAUUGUGGUGUUAAAUCCAUUGUGAAGUAUCACUGGUUGGGCUUUCGAUGUGAUAUGUGCGAAUCAUACAAUACCGCGCAGAUUCGGCUCCUCCACAGAGAUUCACUGGAUUCUCCAGCACCUGAUGUUGACCUUGAGGAUAUCCAACCCUCCAGAGCCAGGUCGUCCUCUCACGGUGCGGAUGAAAGUGCGUCGUCAACCUUGGCAUCGUUGCGCAUUGACACGAGCUCGGUCCUGGGGACAGACCCGGCUCCUCGGGGUACUGCUCCUUUGUCUGCUGAAGCAGGUGGCCAAUUCUCGUCAUACAACCUGACUCGUGGUCGUGCUGUGUCCCCUGUGAUCAGCAACUAUUUCGGUAUCCCGCCCGACCGUGACUCCGAAAGAUCGAGAUCAACCUCCUUCUUUGGCGGCUUUUCGUUCCGAGGCAGUGGAAACGAAGACGGCGGCGAACUUCGUUUAUGGGGCACCAAACUCAAGUACACCUAUGGCUUUCUCGGGCAGGAAUCAGAGUCCGUUGAUGGGGCAUCCGAUGCUGAUGCUGGAGAGGUGGGUGAGGGUGAAAUCUCAGGGGAUAGUGAAUCUAACAACGGCAGCGAGGACGACGAGGACGACGAUGAAGGCCCUGAGCGCAUCAACAUCGUGGGCCAUCGAUGAAUGUUCUUAGAUAACUACGUACAGGCGCUCCUCGUGAGCCCCCCGCUAACUUUGCAAUGCUAAUAUAG